AUGCUCAACGGCGAGGAUGUGUCGUCGCUGCUGAUGAGCAUCAUCCGGUUCGUGCUUCCGAGCAACGAUCACCGUCUGAAGAAGCUGGUACACCUGUUCUUCCAGAUCUUCGACUUCUGCACGGCCGACGGGACCGUGCGCGAGGAGAGUAUUCUGGUCUGCAAUGCGCUGCGUAACGACCUGUGCUCUCCCAAUGAGUACGUGCGUGGUUCUGCGAUGCGUCUGGUGUCGAAGUUGCGCCACUGGAACAUCGUGGGACCGAUGCUUCCGGCCAUCUUGGACAACCUGAAGCAUCCGGAUCCGUACGUUCAUCGCAAUGCGCUCUUGUGUUUGUCGAAAAUCGCCGAACGCUUCGGCACUGAGUGCGUGCUGUCUUCGACUGAGGACACUGAGCGUCUGCUGCUCGGCAACAGCGGCGCGUCCGUGAAGGCACAUGCGUACAACCUGCUGCGUCUCUGCGAGCCGUCGCUGGCUGUGCAGUACCUGCUCGGAGUGGAGGGCACCAUGCUCUCCUUCCCAGCUCGUUUCCAUCUGGAGGUCCUGUCAUCCUUCUUCUGGCUGUAUUCGUUAGACAGCCGGGUACAUUCGUUGAUGAUGCGCGUGGCGCUGAUGUUGAUGGAUAACAGUCCUGACAACGAUGUUCGGAUGGAGGGUGCCCACAUAAUCUGCCGGCUGAAGUCGACGCCCAUCGAGGCUCGCCGUGCUGCGGCAAGCGCUUUGAUCAAAGUGUUGUUGGACGAAUCCGAUCUUAAUGUGAAGAUGCUGGUUAUUGAGAAGCUGAACACGCUGCACGCUCGUUCGUCAUCUCUGGGCGACGUGCCCAACGUGCUUGAGGAGCACGUGAUGGACCUUGUUCGUGCUCUUAGCGGUUCAAGUCGUCGCGUGACCAUGGGGCUGCUUUCUCUGGCGCUUCGUUCGGUCACCCGUCAAAAUGCGGACGCUCUUUUGCAGAGUUUCAAGAAGGCGUUCACCACUGCGGAGGACAUCGCGACAUACAGCCAGCGUCAGAUUGCCCAAUACCGCAUUAUGCUGAUCAAGGCCAUUCAUUACACAUGUGGUCUCUACCCGGAGCGUAGCGGAAUCGUGUAUGACAUGUUACUGGGCUAUCUCAGCCACCGCCAUGCGGAGACAGCCGAGGAUUGCGCAAUGUUCUUCAAGCAGUUAACGGAGUUGCUUCCCCAGCUCCGUGAGGAGACUAUCGUGAAGUUGCUUGCGUUCAUAGACUUGAUUCCCCACUCCAGCGUCCUAUCGGUUUGUUUCUGGGUCAUCGGGGAGUACGCCGGCUCGGAGCAGCUCGCGUCACACUGUUGCAACAAGAUUUACGAGUUGCUCUCGCCGUACCCGUUAGUGGUUGCUACUGGCGCUGAGUCAGCCUCGGGCUCCCUCGAUCGCGCAGGCACCAGCGGCAGUAUCGGAUCAGGUGACAGCCGCGCUGACAAUGGCAUGGCGACGCACACUGUGGUGCUACAGGACGGAACUUACGGUGCACAGCUGUCGGACAAAAAGUCUAACAUGCCCACUGCCACAACAUUGCGUGGGAUGCUUGUGGAUACCUGCGACCCUUUGCUGUACUGCUCUGUGGCGCAGUGUCUGUUGAAGCUUUCCUUCGCCUGCAACGAUACGGACUGCAUCGCGAAGGCUACACUUGUGGUAGCCAACCUCGUAAGGCUGGUUGGUCGGCCUCAAUAUGCAUCGGUUUACUCGCAGCGUCGUCUGCGCACCAUCCUGAAGCUCUGCCUCGGCCUUCUGAAGGAGCCUGGUAAAUAUCGGGCCCUCGUCGAGGAAUACAUAUCGGCAUCGUGUAGGAAGUGGUCGCCAGGCCCGUCAAGCAUGCCUCUGGAGCCGAAGAACGACGUUGAUGAGCGCAUCAAUUACAGUGCUCUUUUCGGUGACGUUGGCGAGGACGAGUGGUCCAUUGAGGAUGAGUUGGAGGCGGGCGGACCUAGUCCCGGUGACAACUAUGAGAUUGACAAGCUGCUCAGCACAGGCAACGCCAUCUACAAGGUGCGAACCAAAGACGCUGACAAGCGUAACCUCGGCACCAUCCAUCAGUUCACGUCGUUGAUGGAUGCGCUUUACAUCGAGGCCACCUUGAACGUGAUCACCACCAGGCUCUACCUGACAUUGUACCUGCGCAACACCACUGAGGUUUUGCUGCAGAACAUCCGUGUGGAGUUGUGCGCAAACGACCGUCUGGAGAUGGCCUCGAGCAUUCCGGUCAUCACUUUGGCCCGCGGCGAGAGCAGGGUUCUUCAGGUUAACUUCAAGCUGAAGCGCAGUCUCAAUGACGUGAUUUACGGACACGUGUACUUCGACAAGGAGAAGUCCGGUAUCCAGGAAUGCAUACCGUUCAACCCCAUGAGCGUUUGCAUGUACGACUACGUGCAGCCCAGCUUCAUCUCCCCCUCGCUGUUCCGCACCUACUGGACUGAAUUCGAGUGGGAGCACAAGAUCCAGAUCCACCCCUCAAAGGCUGACCCUCUGGACCUGCUGCGCGGCCUGCUGCAGGUGACCCACAUGACCGUGGUGUGUCCCGCUGCCCCGCCGACCCUCAAGAGCGCCCCUGGCCCUGCCGGCCAGGCCGAGUUUUUGUCGAAGUACAUGGAGUACCUCAAAGUGCAACCGGAACUUGCAGCGUUGCUGGGUGACACGAGCUUCUUCGCGCUGAACUUGUUCUGCAGUACACCGCAUGGAGAGGAGGCUCUGGCCAAUUUGAGCGUUGUCAAGCAGAAACAAGGGAUGUACUCGGGCUGUUUCAAGAUCCGCUCGAGGACUGAGCCGGUAGCCUUCUGGGCUCCGGCUCGGCGCGUUCGCUCCGAUGCCUUCACGGCACGAAAUUCUACGUCAGCUGCUUUACAGCUUUUGGCGGGUGUCACCGCUGCGUGGCAUCGCAGCCCGGGCUUGCUUUCGGCGAGAUUUACAGGCCGAGCACAGCCCAGGAGCGCGCAUUGCAGAGCCAGGGGGUUAGACGUUGAGCGGAGCCAGUUUAUGUCAUCCGUGGCUGACGGGACGGCGGAAUUGAUAGACAAGCUGCUCUCGUGCGAGUGUGGCAUUGUACUCCGCUGUUUUCUGAAGAUGGAUUAUCGCGAUUACGCGCUCCAGCGUGCUCUGAUCGAGCGCAUGCUGCAGCGGGGGCAGGCGUUCAGUCCCUAUGCUGCAGUUUCGGCGCUGAGCACGCUGGCAGAAGGUUACUCGGGCGGUGGCGCUUCCCAGUGGCGAAACAGGUUGGAGGACACGGACCGGUUGCUGCGGAGGCUGCUGGCACAGGUGCGCGCUCACAUGGAUCGGUUUAACCUGGGCAGCCUCGCGCGGCUGACAAACACAAUAUCACGAUUACCGUGUGACGUUGGUGGGGUUAUAUCGUCCAUUCGUGACACAUUGCUCAACCGCCACUUAUCGGCGUCUGAUACUGCUCUGUGGAGCGAGGAGGUGGUACAUUUUUUGGCCAACGGCUUUUCUCGAAAAGGAGUGUUGGACAAGAAGUUGUUUGACUUUCUGCGGGAUCGCAUCAUCGAAUCGUGCCCCGGCUACAGCGUUGACACAUUGGUCUCAUUGAGUAACGCGUAUUCGAAGUUCGGCAGCGCGGAGGCAGCGGGGUACAUAGAACUGUUCACUCGUCUGGCGGAAGAGAUUGUGACCCAGCGCCACCAUCUAACAAACAGGCACGUUUGCGUCGUAGCCAAUGCUUUUGCAAUGUCGUGUCUGUGCCACGAAGAUCUGCUAGAGGUGAUUGAUGACAACUUCGUCUUUGGCAUCGAUGCCUACGAUGGCCGUCAAAUCGCAAUGAUGAUUCACGCAUUCAACAAGCUGGGGUACCGUUCGCGCAAUCAUCGUUUCAUCUGGCGCAAAUGUACUGAGCACCUGGAUUCCUACUCGUGGCAAGGCUUGACGAUGAUUUUCCACGCCUACACCAAGGGGGAGAUCCGCGACCAAGCAACGACUGACAAAUUCUGUCGACGAUUCGUCCAGCUUUUCGACGAUUUGGAGCGCCAGAAGUCCGGUCUGACCGCACAUGGCCCAACAUGUUCUGACCUGCCGCAGCCCACAACGUAUGUCUCCUUGGUGUACUCGCUGGUGAAGGGCAACAUUCUGCAAUGCGACGAUCUGCUGGUGCAUUUGGCUAAGGGUUGUCUGUCCAAUCUGUCUACCUAUGAGCCGGACGAAAUUGCUAAUCUAACCUUGGCAUUUUCGAGGAUCCGCAACAAUACGCUGAAUGAUGGCGACGGAACUAGGCAGGAGUUGUCAACGUUAAGCCAGGAGAUGUUGGAGGGUUUGACUAGGCGUCUGGGGGAAUCACGCCUACAGUUUUCGGCAUUUUCGAUGGCAAAGGUCGUGGAGGCGCUGGGUGAUUGCGCGUUCAUGCAGAGCGCUCAAGCAGUUUUGGGACUCAUAAAGCGCAACAUUCUCAUCCUCGACCGAUUAUCGUACACCCAUAUUACAGCAAUCAUGCGAGCGCUUUCGACUAUGGGAGUUCACGACGACGACCUGAUGUCAGUGCUGAAUUCGUUGAAGCACAACAAGCGCAUUCGUCAUAAGCAGGCGAACACACCGCCAGCUGUGGCUCAACAUAUCAGUGUCUGA